CGCCCUCCACCCCGACCGCCAUGGCGCGGCGCGCCGUCCCCGCCGCCCUCCUCCUGCUCCUCCACCUGCUGCCCGCGGCGACGCCGGACGCUCCUCCGCCAAGUGCCGGCGGCGACGACCCGCGGUGCCACCCGAGCCCUCCGCGGCGCGGCGCCGUGGCGGUGUACCCGAGCGACAUGGCGCAGCUGCAGUUCCUCCUCAACGCCAAGUUCGUCGAGGCGGAGUGGUUCCUCCACGCCGCGCUCGGCCGCGGCGUCGACUCCCUCGACCGCAACCUCUCCGCCGGCGGGCCGCCCCCCUCCGGCGCGCGCAAGGCCGCCCUCGACUUCCGCACCACCGAGGUCGCCGCCGAGCUCGGCUACCAGGAGGUCGGCCACAUCAGGGCGAUCACCCAGUCCAUGGGCGGCUUCCCGCGCCCGGCGAUCGACCUCAGCGACGGCCGGUUCGCGGCGGUGAUGGACGAGGCAAUGGGGGCUCGCCUCGACCCGCCGUUCGACGCCUACGCCAGCAGCGUCAACUUCCUCCUCGCCUCCUAUAUCCUCCCUCACAUCACCACCUCUGCCGCCGUCGGCAUCAGCCCCUCCCUCAUUGGCUUCGCCUCCAAGCGGCUGCAGGCGAGCAUACUGGCGGUGGAGGCGGGGCAGGACGCGGUGAUCCGGCUAUUGCUGUACCAGCGCGCCGACGAGGUGGUGGCGCCGUACAAGGGGCACACGGUGGCGGAGUUCACUCGGAGGAUCUCCGACUGGAGGAACGGCGCUUCGAGGUGCGGCGCCAAGGACGAGGGCGUCAAGGUGCUCGACCGGCGGCAGGGCGCGGAGCGGCGCACCAUCAGCAACAUCCUCGGCGCCGGCGACGACUCGCUGGGGUUCGCGCGCACGCCGGCCGAGGUCCUCCGCAUCCUCUACGGCUCACGCAACGAGCAGAUCCCCGGCGGCUUCCUCCCCCGCGGCGGCAACGGCACCAUUGCCAGAGGAUUCUUCCAGCUCGCCUAAGAUCACAAAAAUACUCGCAAUUAAUGCUUUUACAUGCUUAAUAUCGUUGUUUUUAGAUACAUUUGAUCUUCAUUUAUGAAAAAAAUAUAAAUAAAACAAAUAUAA